UUUCAAAUUUGUUUUUAUAUUUCACAGAAAAAAAAAUUUAUAAAUUCUUCAAAAUUCAACAACAAUGACAUCCUAUACGGACAAAGGACCACGACCUGAACGUGGUCGUUUCAUUCAAUUCGAUCAUGUUACCUAUAUCGUUGGUAAUGCUAAACAAGCAGCAACAUAUUAUUGUGUACAUAUGGGUUUCAAACCAUUGGCAUAUAAAGGUUUGGAAACCGGUAGCCGUGACAUUGUCAGCCAUGUGGUUAAACAGAAUAAAAUUAUAUUUGAAUUUCAAUCACAAUUGAAUCCGGCACAUACGGAUAUGAGUGAACAUUUAAUUCGUCAUGGUGAUGGUGUAAAAGUGGUGGCAUUCGAUGUAGAAGAUAUUGAAUAUAUUGUCGAAACGGCACGAAAACGUGGUGGAAAAAUUGUUCAAGAAAUUCGUGAAGAUCGUGAUGAUUUUGGUUCGGUUAAAACGGCUUCUAUUCAAACGUAUGGUGAUACGGUUCAUAAAUUGGUCGAUCGUCGUAAUUACAGUGGAACAUUUUUACCUGGUUAUAAAAAACCAGAAUUAGAAAUCGAUGAUUUUCUUGCUAAAUUACCCAAUAUUGGUUUGCUUCAUAUCGAUCAUGUUGUAGGUAAUCAACCGGAUAAUCAGAUGGAAAAGGUUGCUCAAUGGUAUGAAAAAGUAUUGCAAUUUCAUCGAUUCUGGUCGGUCGAUGAUAAACAGAUGCAUACUGAAUAUUCUGCAUUAAGAUCAAUUGUCAUGGCCAAUUAUGAGGAAACAAUCAAGAUGCCAAUCAAUGAACCGGCUCCAGCUAAACGAAAAAGUCAGAUUCAAGAAUAUGUUGAUUAUUAUGGCAGUGCUGGUGUUCAACAUAUUGCCUUACGUACAGAGGAUAUUAUUUCUGCUAUCAGUAAUCUUCGUGCACGAGGUAUGGAAUUCUUGAAGGCACCGAAAACAUACUAUGAAAUGAUUCGUGAGAAACUUAAAAACAGUCCUACCAAAGUGGCCGAAGACAUGGCUAUGUUAGAAAAAUUGAGCAUCCUUAUCGAUUAUGAUGACAAUGGAUAUUUGUUGCAGAUUUUCACCAAACCAAUGCAAGAUCGACCCACUCUAUUUUUGGAGGUCAUUCAACGACGUAAUCAUCAAGGAUUUGGUGCUGGAAAUUUCAAAACCUUAUUCGAAUCGAUCGAAUUAGAACAGGAACGACGAGGCAAUUUAUAAAUCGGAAAAUUGGUGGUUUGAUUAAUUGAUUUUGAAUUGAUUUUUUUUUGUUUCUUUCACAUAACUGGAUAAUUCAUGUCAAUGUAUUUUUUCGGGGAAUAAAAUAAAAUUUUUUUUUUUAAAAAA